UCCCUUUCCCGGGAACUCGAGUCCUACACGCGCCCCUUUGCCGCAGCGGAACUACAGACGCAGAUCAGAGGAGGGAAGUGGCGCGCACGCCGCCCCUUCCGCCUGCUUCCCGCUUUUUUCUGAGCGGCCGAAGGUGUCGGAAUCAUCCCUUUCCAUGGGUUGCCUCGUGGCCGUUCACGUCGGUGCGCACCAGACGUAGAAAGAAGCCACCCGUAGUCUUGCUAUCGAGGUUUCUGUUUCUUAGGUUUCCCCUGUAUGCGUGCCCUAACCCCCUUAUAAGCCCUUUCCUCCAUCGCUGGGAUGUCGUCGUCUUCCCCGCCAUUGCUGUAGCCAUGAGCUGCGUCGCGAGGAGAACGAGGAGGCAAACCCAGAAAUCGUCAGGUUCUCGUCCUCCGGCUGCGAUCGGUUCUUCUGAGAGGAGAAGGCGAGUCGCCCGAAGAAACGGCGGAAAAAGUGAAACGGUUGUUCUCUCGAGCAAGGAGGACGGCAAUGACAAGAAGGGGAAGGAGGAGGGGGAGGUGGUGGAGGGGGAGGAAGGGCAGCAUAGUGGUUUUGUAGGGAGAAGCCUGGGAAGGAAGAAGAAUUUAGGUUCUGCUAAGAAAAGAAGGCGGAUAGCAAGAAAAAACGGCGGGAAAAGUGAAACGGUUAUUCUCUCGAGCGAGGAGGACGACAAUGACAAGGAGGAGGAGGUGGACGAGGCGGAGGGCGAGGGGGCGAGAGGGCACCCGCGUAGUUUUGUAAGGAGAAACGUGGGAAGGAAGUGGAAUUUGAAGUCGGGGAAGGGGAGAGAAGAAGCGUCUGCGAGGGGUUCCUGUUGGGAAGGGGCGGCAGGUUCGAUUUCGGUGAGGGAAGGUGUUCCUUCCUGUUGUCGAAGGAAGAGAGACGGGAUCCAUGUAACCGGCGAUCAUGAUGGUUGUAAGGAGGAGUUUGUAGGGAAGGGUAUAUCGAGAAGAACGCAAGUGGAAACAAAGAGUUCUGUGGAUGGAGAGUUUCACUGGUCGAAUGAAUUUGUGUGGGCGAAGAGAAACGCGCCUGUGAGGAAAACAAGACAAUGGGGGAGGUUGACAAAAGGCAAUUCCGCGAUGAAUCAGGAAAAGAAGAAGAAUAAUUUGUCGGGGAGACAAAUUAAAGUGGAUGAAGAAGAUUCAGUAGCUGAAUUUGAAGAAGGAAGCAACGGUAAGGACAACAGCAAUCAUGAUGAGAGUAGCAAUAAUGAAUUUGAAAAAGACGAGAGGGAGGAGGAAAGUCAUGGUGAGAGUGACGAUGAUGAAUUUGAAGUAGGCGAGAGUAAGGAAGAAACGGACGAUGAUGACGAAAGCAUUCACUAUGGGAGUGAUGGUGUUAAUUUCACGAAUGAAGACCGCAAUCAUCUGGGAACUUCUGCAAGAAGAGAGAUUGCAGUAGAAGAGGAGAUGAGGAUUUCUUCGGAUGCAAACAUGGGCCAGGAAGAUGAAAAGGAUGGUGUUGAUGAUCAUGCUGUUGACAAUGAUGAGGGGGAGGAGAAGUACGAAGGCAUUGCAGCGGAGGAAAUUAGGAGAGAGAAAAGGCAGGUGCUACAGAGGGAAAAUCCGAUAAUUCAGAAGAAAGAGAUUAAAAACCGCAUGGAAAGGGAGAAGCCUGGCAGAAAUAGCAAGCAGGAAACGUCUGUUGCAAUAGAAUGUAGAGUUAAUGAAAGAACAAAGGAUUCAUCGAGAUGCCCCUUUUCUGUCAGCAACAAUGGAGCACAGGAUGACGUUGGUGAUCAUUUUAAGAAAAUGGGAGCUUCCAAUGCAGAAGCACAACUGGCAGAAGAUUGUACUGAUGAUCCAUCAGAUGCUACUGAUGAAAAUAAAUGGGGGCUUCUGAAUAAUUGUGUCGCCAGAAGAACAAGGUCAAAUUUCAAACAAACUCCGAUUGGAAAGUUUGGAUCAUUUAGCAAGCCUAUUUGUAUAGGUAUGAACAAUUCUCUAAAUCCAUUGGUCGUUGACCAUGAUAUGCAUCACGAUGGCAGUAGUAGCGGUCAUCAAGUAAGUGACAAUGGUGUUCCUGAUUAUGAUGGCAAUGAUAAUGUUGCUGACGAAAAGGGUCUAGCAAAUGAUUUUUCUGAUGUAAGCAGUCACCGGAUCAAUGGGGAUCUUGAUUCUGAUGAUGAUGGCAAUGAUUGUCUUGCUGAUCGAAAAUGUAUAGGGACUGGUUUUGCUGACAACGUAAUGGAAACAGCAGACAUCAAGAUAUCUGGGAAGAAAGGAACUUGCUUCGGUGAUUUUCUUGGUGAUGCUGGACGUGUUACCGAUGGUUCUGCUGAAAAGGGAAUAAGAAAAAUGGGUAGGGAGGCAUCUAGAGAGCAACAGUGUGAUUAUAUUGAUGAUGACUGCAGUAGCUGCUGUGAUGAUAGUGAGGAUGAUGAAGACGAAGAAAGUGAAAGUGACGGAUGUUCUGACAUGGAGAUAAAUGAAUAUCCUGAAGGAAAUUCUGGAAAUGCAAAAACAAAGCAUGGUUCAUUAGAUGUCUCGCUCUUUGACCUUCUUGUAGCCACAAUUUCUCGGAAGAGAGUUGCCAUCCCAAAUGAUGUCAAGUCCAGUGAAGGAGAGAAUCUAACUAAAGAAUUGCCAUUAUGGUUUUCAUUCAGGGACUUACAGCCCGAGCAUGUGAAGUCAGAAACUGAAGAAAAUUUGGACGCACUGUGGGCUGAAUUGGACUUUGUUCUUGAAUGCGAAGCAAUUGGAUCCUUUGAUUGGCAGGAAAUUGAGGUCGAGCCCAAAGGAAGCAUGUUUAGUUGUGAAUUUAAAUCACCUGCUUGUCAGCAUCAAUUCGUCCUUGAUGAACAAGUUGGUGUUAUAUGCAGAAUAUGUUCCUUUGUGAAGACGGAGAUUAAGCACUUUAUGCCACCAAUGGUUAGUGGUACCUUUGGAAAACAGAGCAGGAAAGGUUCAUAUGAAGAGGGGGAUGACUCGGUGUUGGGUGAGUUUGAUUGUGAAGCUAGCGGUUGCAGCAACAUUUCAAAUGAUUUCACCAGUGGAACUGUGUGGGAUAUUAUUCCUGAGUUGAGAAAAAAAAUGUUCCAGCACCAGAAGGAAGGUUUUGAGUUCAUCUGGAAAAAUUUAGCAGGCGGAAUUGUUCUUGAUCAAUUGACUUCCAAUUCAGAUGCUGUAGGCGGUUGCUUAAUUUCACAUGCUCCAGGUUCUGGCAAGACGUUUCUAACUAUAGCAUUUCUCCAGUCAUUCCUUCAAAGGUUUGAUGAUUGUAGAUCAAUGAUUGUUGCUCCAGUGAAUCUACUCCAUAUUUGGGAAGGUGAGUUCAUAAAAUGGGGAAUUGGGGUGCCAUUGCACAUGCUCAACAGUCGGGGUUUCUCUGGAAGAGAAAGUAGUUCUGCCUUGGAACUACUGACAAGAAGGCGAGGUAAGUUAGGUUCUACUGGAAGGCAGAAUUUGUGUCGUAUAAUAAAAAUCUUUUCUUGGAUUGAUAGGAAAAGUGUUCUGCUAAUCAGUUAUGGUCUGUUUAGAAAGCUUACCACCGAAAGGCGACAUUCUGAUAAAGAAGGUCAAGUCAUACGCAAAAUACUCCUCGAGUAUCCAGGUUUACUUGUCCUUGAUGAAGGGCAUACUGCUCGGAAUAGGUUUAGCAGGAUUUGGCAAUGCCUAAAACGUGUUAAAACUCAACGGCGCAUCAUGCUGUCUGGCACACCCUUCCAGAACAACUUUGUGGAGCUCUUUAACACAUUGUACUUGAUUAGACCAACUUUUGCAGAAGGAAUUUUCAAGAGCUUUGGGGACCAUGAAAAUGGCUUAGAAGCUGAUCCAGUUGAAAAAGAAAUGAGUUUGCAGGAUAAAAAUGAGACGGUGUUCAGACGUACUUUUGCAACAUUUUCAGGUGGCAUAGAACCACGGGGAAAUAGCUCAAGAUUAAAAGAGCUCAGAUUAAUAAUUGAUCCUUUCGUCCAUGUCCAUGAAGGUAAUCUCCACAAGCUUCCUGGGUUGAGAGAUUAUUUUGUCUUUCUGUAUCCAUCUACUCUUCAGAGGUGCAUCCUUGAGAAGCUAACCGAGAAAAGUAACUUCGAGAAUAACUAUAGGGUGUCGUGCAUCUCCGUCCAUCCAUCCAUUCUCUUGGGAAUAGAGACCCUGGAUGCAAAGGAUAGAGACGUUAUCAAAGAGCACCAAGCAGACCUGUCAAAUGCCCGAAUUACUGAUGGAGUUAAAGUAAGAUUUGUAGUUGAGCUUGUUAGGCUGUGUGCAGCUUUGAAUGAAAAAGUCUUGGUGUUCAGCCAAUUUGUCCUCCCACUCUCCAAUAUCAAACAUUUUCUUAUUUCAUCCUUCAAUUGGACCACUGGCCAGGAAGUUUUGCAGCUUGAUGGAGGAAUUGCACAAAAAUGUCGUCAGCCAAUAAUUCAUACUUUUAACAACUCACAGAAAGUAAAGGUACUACUUGUUUCCACAGAAGUGUGUGCCGAAGGGAUGGAUCUGACAGGGGCUUCAAGAGUGGUUUUGCUUGAUCUUGCUUGGAAUCCAUCAGUACGAAGGCAAGCCAUAGGUCGAGCUUAUAGGAUCGGCCAGAAGAAAGUUGUUUAUGCAUACAAUCUGAUUGCGUCUUCUACAUUGGAGGAAAAGAAGCAUAAAAUACAAGAUAUAAAGGACAAGUUCUCACAGUUGGUGUUUUCUACAGUUGCAAAGAACGAUACGUUGGUAGACACUUUAAAGGAAUGCGAUGAUGGAGUCCUCUGUGAACUGAUUAAGCGGGACAUAUCUGCUAGCUUUUUUGAGAAAGUUCUUGAACCGAAGUGCGGUUAGGAUCUUGAGGUCUAGCAGGAGGACUGGUUGGUGGACUAUCACAAUGGAGGGGCUUGCGUUUCAACUUCGUGGUUGUUUUGUUGGGUUUCUACGCUGAAAAAGCGAAAUAAAGAAAGAGAUCAGGAGCGUGGAACUCCACUUUUUUGGCUCUAGGCUUCUGAGAUUUCCGAGUUGCUAUGGUCUCUCCCAUAUGCUUUCGAAAAGUUUACAGAGUGGUUCCCAUCUGUUAACCAUUGGAUGCCUAACUUUUGAACCUUUUACAAUUCAUUUUUGGGGUAACAAAUCAUUUUUUCGUAUAAGAAAAAGAACGCUGUAAUUCUUGUUACAAAAAAUUAUACCCUUUAGUUUCAA